AUGGAACUUCCUGAUAUAAGUGGAAUUGUUGAUAAAUUUGACCAAAUUGCAAUUUGCAAAAAACUUAAUCCCUCUGAGUACUAUAAAGAUACUCUUCCUGGACAAGUUUCGGCUUAUCCACUUCUAAUUGAAAGAACAGCUGUCGCUUAUAGGUAUAAUGUGGCAAUUUCUCUGACAAAGGAGAAUUUUCAAAAAAUGUUAACAUCAACAAAUGAUCUAGAAGUGAAGAUGAUUGGAAGUAAACAAACUCGUAGAGAAACAUGUAUGGUGGCUGUAGAUUGUUCAAUUAAAGGUUUAGAAGUACCUGAUUUACAAUAUUGUUAUGAUGGUGUAUCUAAUUUAAUAACAAACAAAGAAAUAAAUAAUGUUGAAAAUGUUAUUCCGGGAAUAAGAUUUCCAGAAGAUUGUCGAGGUUUAAUUAGAAAAUGUUCUGUAACAGUUGAAAUAACACGUUGCUUAGAAGACUUUGCUGUUCCUAUUGGUCAGAAGAACAUCUUGUUAAAUGAUGCACUUUCCCAGAAACAAAAACUUAUAUAUAACUGUCUUGAGAUGAUAACUUCACAAUAUGCACUUAACAAUAAGAAAUAUUUUUCAAAUAAUAAUCGAAGUUUUCAUAUGACGGGAAAAGAAUUUGAUGAAGAUAUUGGAAAUGGAAAGGUUUUAAAACCUGGUGUUUGUAAAAGUGUUCGUUUUAUUGAAUCAAAUGAUCAAGAUCGCAUACGUGCAGCUGUUUUCUUGGAUAUGUCAAAAAAUGUUUUUUAUAAAGAUGGAAAUUUACUUGAUAUAAUUAUGGAUAUUGUUGGAAAAGAUGAAGUGAAACGGUUAACUCCAAGUGAUUAUAGUAUAGCUCUUGAACACUUGGAAGGUGUACUUGUUACUCCGUCUUACAGAAAUGCUGGUGAAUCAUUUAAAUUGAAAGAAUUUUCAAAAGAAAAUUUAAAAGAUUGUUAUUUCAAAGGAAGAGAUGAUGAUAAUAUUUCAAUUGUUGAAUAUUUGGAAAACACGUACAAAAUUAAAAUUGAAUAUCCUGAUAUUCCAGCUGUUGUUGUGAAAUCUCGUGGACAAGUAAAUUACUACCCAAUGUGCCAGUUAAGUAUUUGUCCAGGGCAAACAGUUUCUCUUCAAAAAAUGGAUGUUGAAUCAUCUAUUUCUCAACAGUCAAGUAAUACAGUUAAACCAUAUAUUCGUAAAAACGAAAUUACAAAGCAUUUAAUGGGACUUGGACUUCUUGAUGUAAAUUCUAACAAUAUUAUGAAAGGAUUUGGUUUACAACUUCAACCACAUGCAAUUAAUAUAAAAUUAAAAAUUCGUGAACCUCCUAGAAUUUUUACUGGAGAUGGAGAAAUAGUUCCUGAUGAAAAGGGUAUAUUUUCAGAUGCAUUUCGUCAACGAUUUGCUGAACCAGCUGUUAUUAAAAGAUGGGUUCUUGCAUAUAAUCGUUCUGUUACAAGAAGAAAUGCUGAUGAUUUUUGUCGUGAAUUAGUUCAAAUGGCAAGACAAAAAGGAAUGAUUAUUGAUUCUCCAAUUGAAAUGGUUGAAUUAUCUGAUGAUCCUCAAGAAUUAAAAAAAUUUAUGAAAUCAAAAGCUAGUGAUAAAAUUAAGUUUAUUAUGCAUAUUGAACCAAAAGCUAUUUUAAGUCAUGAUUUGUUAAAAUAUUAUGAGACAAAAUAUAAUGUGUUAACACAACAAGUUACAAAAGAAUUAGUUGAAAGUAUUCUUACUAAAAAACAACGACAAUCAUUAGGAAAUGUUAUUAAUAAAAUGAAUUUAAAAAAUGGAGGAAUUAAUAUACUUACUAAAAAUGAACCUGCUGCUAAACGUAUGUGUAUGUCAAAUAAUGAAAAUUUUAUUAUUGGAUAUUCAUUAUCACAUUCAAAGUUUAAUGGUGAUCCUAGUGUUGUAGGAUAUUGUGCUAAUUUUGCUUCAAAUCCUCAUAAUUUUGUUGGUGAUUUCUUUUUUCAAACUGGUCGAAAACAUCAAAUUGAUUCACAAACACUUGAAAAUACUUUUGUUGAGGUAUUAAGACGUCGUGCUACCAAUAGAAAAGAUGCUACUGAACCUCCUAAACGUAUUAUUGUUCUUCGUGAUGGAUUAACAGAUGUUCAAUUUAAGGAUGCUAUUCAUAAAGAAAUAAAUGCUUUACGUGCAGCAUGUGAAAGAUUUAUGAGUGGUUAUAAACCAUCAUUUGUUAUGAUUGUUGUAAAUAAACAUCAUAAUAAAAGAUUUUUUGGAAUUGAUAAUAAUUUUAUUUCAAUAAAUUUUUCACCUGGUGUUGUUAUAGAUACAGGAUGUACAAGAGCAGACUACACUGAAUUUUACCUUCAAGCUCAUCGUCCACUUCUUGGUACAUCUAAAAUUCCUCAAUAUUCAGUUAUUGUAAAUGAAUGUGAUGUAACACUUGAUGAAUGUCAAGCACUUAUUCUUGCAUUAUCUUACUCUCAUCAAAUUAUUUCUAAUUCUGUUUCUCUUCCUGAACCUAUUUAUCAAGCUGCUGAAUUAGCAAAAAGAGGUAACUAUCUUUUUGCUGUUAUGAAAAAAGAAGAUGUCACAAGAUUAACUUAUAUUGAAGAUACUGGUCAAAUUAAUUUGAUAGAAUUAAAUAAUAACUUAUGUUAUAAUAAGACUAAAUUUGCUGAUAAUCGCGUUACUGCUUAA